AUGGGUUCCUGUGUCACAAGACACUCGUAUCAGCUUACCUGGUCCAAAAGCUUCUCCUUUUUUCUCUUCUCGUCGCUGCCCGACAUCACCGGCUUCCACCACAACCAUGUCUUCUCUUCAUUUCAACCUCCAUCCACUCCCUCCAUCUUCAUCUCCACUACUCACCACCACCAACAACAUUUCUUCCUUCUCCCCCACUUCCCUCUCCAUCUUCUACAACAACCACCACCACCUUCUUCGCUUCAAUCUCAUCGGGAUUUGAAGCCGCAGAAUUUGCUUCUCGAUCAACAGCAAGGAAUUUUGAAGAUUGCUGAUCUUGGUCUUGGGAGGGCUUUUACCGUCCCGCUUAAGAGUUAUACUCAUGAGAUUGUUACUCUUUGGUAUAGAGCUCCUGAAGUUUUGCUUGGAUCUACUACCUACUCUACUAGAGUUGAUAUCUGGUCUGUUGGAUGUAUCUUUGGAUACUUUCCUAUUUCGCAGGCUUGCAAUAGCUCUGCAGUAACAUAUGUUCCAUUGUAUGACACCCUUGGUCCUAAUGCUGUGGAGUUUAUCAUAAACCAUGCUGAAGUUUCAAUCGCAUUUGUUCAAGAAAAUAAGAUUGCAUCAAUUUUGUCAUGUCUUGGUCGGUGUUCUUCAAAUCUUAAAACUAUUGUGAGCUUUGGAAAUGUUUCAGUCGCACAAAAGAAGGAAGCUGAGGAAUUUGGCGCGUCCUGCUUCUCCUGGGAAGAGUUUCUCCAGUUGGGAAGUUUAGAUUGGGAUCUACCACUGAAAAAGAAGACUGACAUUUGCACAAUAAUGUACACAAGUGGAACAACCGGAGAACCGAAAGGUGUCAUUAUUAAGAAUGAGGCAUUCAUGUCUGAAGUGUUGUCUAUUGAUCAAAUUAUCAUGUUAACAGACAGAGUGAUUAACAAUUUAUAUUCUGAUUACAAUUUAGUAUCAAUAUAUCAACACGAAGAAACUAAGCGGACUAUCAUAAGGAUGGAGCAGGGUGUUCACUCUUUCACGCAAAAAGCCAUGGCUUCACACGGAGCAUUAGCAAUGUUAUAUGGCUGCCACUCAAAUUACUAUAUCAAGAAACCUGAGGUACAAGAAGAAGCGCAAAAUGGACAAGUAGAAUUGGAAAAACAUGUCAUCACAAAGACAUUGACUAAGCCAUCUGAGGCAUAUUAUGAUGCCAAAAACCUGCCACAUGUUCUUGUGAGUACAAAAAUAUGUUUUGUGUGA